GGGUGCGGGGAGCGGCGGCUGGUCGGGAAGCGGGCAGGCGGGCGGGUGGGCGUCGUAGCGGCGGCGGUGGCUGGGAGCCCAGCCCGGAGCAUGGCAGGGGCCGGAGCCGGUACGGAGGCUGCCGUUCGUUUCCUCUCUUCGCCGGCUCCUCCCGCCCGCCGGGAACUUUUUCCAGCGGCCGGCGGCGGUGCCUCCCCCCGGUGGUGGUGGCAGCGACGGAGGCAGCAGCGGCGGCGGCUCCGCUCGGCGGUGUCUCCCGGGCCGGGGCUGGGGCUGUUGGGACUGGUUUUUUCUCGCUUCUGCUGCAGUGCCUUAGCUGAGCCAAUUGUUGAUCCACAUGUGACAGCAGUUUGGGGAAAGAAGGUUGCACUGAAAUGCAUAAUUGAUGUAAAUGAAACAAUAACACAAGUUUCUUGGGAGAAGAUACAUGGUAAAAGUUCACAGACUAUUGCUGUUCAUCAUCCUGAAUAUGGAAUAUCUGUUCAAGGAGAAUACCAAGGAAGAGUGUCAUUUAAAAAUUACUCACUUACUGAUGCAACAAUCAUCAUUAAAAAUGUAAGCUUUUCUGAUGCGGGAGAAUAUAUUUGCAAGGCAGUAACAUUCCCACUUGGAAAUGCAGUUUCAUCAACAACUGUAACAGUACUAGUUGAACCUGUUGUGAGCUUAACAAAAGGACCAAACCCUCUAAUAGAUGGUGCAAAUCGGACAAUAGCAGCCACUUGUACAGCAGCCACUGGAAAACCUGCUGCAGAGAUUGAAUGGGAGGGAGGUCUUGGUGAAAUGGAAUCCAGCUCUACAUUGUUUCCCAAUGAAACUGUGACAGUUGUAAGUCAGUAUAUGAUUGUCCCUACACGAUUUGCUAGAGGAAGACACAUAACUUGCAUUGUGAGGCAUCCUGCUUUGGAAAAGGAGAUAAGAUACCCUUACAUGUUGGAUAUACAGUAUGCCCCAGAAGUUUCGGUAACUGGCUAUGAUGGAAACUGGUUCAUUGGAAGAGAGAAUGUUCAGCUCAGAUGUAAUGCUGAUGCAAAUCCAUUACCUAUGGAAUUUAUGUGGACCAGGUUGGAUGGACAAUGGCCUGAAGGACUGCUGUCAGUCAACAAUACUCUGCAGUUCAGAAGCCCCUUGACUUACAAUUAUACUGGGACUUAUAUCUGUAAGGUGACUAAUUCCCUUGGUCAGAGAAGUGAUCAGAAGACUAUCUACAUAUUAGAUGAGCCAUUUAAGCAGACAUCUUCUGUUGCUGUAGCAGGGGCUGUGAUUGGAGCAGUCCUUGCUCUUUUUAUCAUAACGAUCUUUGUGACAGUGCUGCUGACCCCAAGGAAAAAAAGGCCAUCCUAUCUAGACAAAGUGAUUGAUCUUCCACCCACUCAUAAACCAGCCUCAUGUGAAGAGAGAGCAUUCUCUGUACCACAGAAAGAAGCUAUUCUUCAUAAAGAACAUUUUGCUUUGCAAAACCAAUACAGAGAGAAAUACGAUGGAAACUUGCAGCACAUGAAAGCUGUGAAUGGAAGGCAACUUCCUUAUGAGGCUGAAGAGCCGCAGGAACAAGAAGAUCUUGAGCAUAUGUAUCCUGUUUUUCAGCAAACAUACUACAAAAAUUGGAGCAGCAGAUACCAGCAAAACUCAGAACGUGGAAGAGUCUACAUCAAUCCAAGGGAGCAUUACGUUUGAUUCUGUACCCAGAAGUCUUAACUUUUAAGAUAUGAGGGGUUUAAUGCCUGUUAACUGUAUGACAGAUGUGUCUUGUUGGCUUUCAUCUCUAAAAUAGUCGGUCUUUUUUUCAGUGGGAAGAAAUUGCAUGGAAAAUUUUAUAUAGGUAAACCCUAUGGAAUUUGAAACUUAACUUGUUUCUAGUCUUUGAUAUGUAUUUGUUUUUCUAGUUAUAUCAAUCUGCCAAAAGAGGAGAACCAUUUAGCUUAAGUAACCUUCAUAGUCAUAAGCUGUUUUCCUGAUUAUUUCUGGUAGCGUUCUCUCCCUGAAUGGAUAUUUUACAACAACCUUACCUAUGUAAGAGUGAGCAAAUAUGAGCAAGGCAACUGAAUACCUGGUGACUUGAACAGUCUCAGGCUGAGAGUAAUUUUUCUGCAUCUUGGAAACUUGGGCUAAUUAUCAUUUUGACUGGCCUUAGCUAUUGAUUUCUCAAUUAGCUCUACCUCUCCCAGUCAAAUGAUUGACUACCUCUCAAAUACUGACUUGCUGUUUUGUAAUAUACAUUGUGUGUCUUCCCACCACAUUAAAACAAGUGAAGCAAUUUCCUUACAUCAGAAACUUUUUGGCUUAUAUUGAUCCUGGCUGUCAGUUAUGUACUUUCUGGUUGUAGUUUCACAGUAGGUCUAUAUGAAACUUAGUUGCAGGUAGUAGAUGACUAGACAGACAAAACUUCCUGAAAGUGUUUUGUGUAGCUGCAUCUUGCCUACAAAUUGCUGUUUAGCUGUUUUUCCAAGUGUGACUCCCAUGGUAAGUGUUGCAGAGUUUAUCUUGCUUGGUAAUAAAUACAUUUCCUGUUCUUUGGUUUCAUCUCAGUUUGCAGUAAAGCUGCCUAUAAUGUGUUCUUACAUGUUAGCUAGCUUUGGUAGAUUUCAAACAGUUUUCAGCACUGUCCUUUAAUCUUAGCCAGUAGCAUGAAGUAACUGGAAAAUGUUGCAGUAUUCCACAUGAAAUAGUGUAAGUGACGGGUAAUGGUUGAAAAAUGUGCUCAGGAUGUUUUCCUUUGGAGUAAAGAAAAAAUAUUUAGCAAGUAAAAAAAUAUGUCUAUAAUGUAUUAGUGCUGAAAAGAGCUCACAGGACAAUCUUAGUCUUUUAAAACAGCAGGAAUUAAGACACUGACUAAAAUUUGCUGGAGAAACUUAAACAACUUAUGUGUAUUCUGUACACAGUCAGAUGGCCUUAAGACAAAACGUUGAGAAGAAUGGCUUUGUCAACUGACUUAGCUAUUGAUACAAAACUUAGCAUUACUUCUCUGAUAUUAGUGUUUUCUCUGCAGGUGAUUGGAUUUUUCACAGGUAAGAGUCAUAGUUGUAGAAGCAAGAGAAUUGAGAGCUGGUAUAAAGUGUGCUGCAGGUAGGAUGCCUUUAAAAACCUGUAUUCAACCUGCAUUCAUCUUCAUCAUAGUAAAAGUUAAUGACAUCCCUAGCUGUAAUAGGGCUAGUUAAGUAUUUCUAGUUUGUUACAGGUAGCAGCUAGAAGAUUAUGCCUUAGGUGCCUGUGUUCUGGACACUGUACAAUUAGACUUUUACUGUUCUCUUGCUAAGCAGCUUCCUGUUAUAUUAUGUGGAUGACGUUGACAUCUGAAGGAAUGGCGAAGAAAGGUUGGAGCAAAGCUGUUUCCUUGGGAGCUUUCUGUGAACAACUGUCAACUUGCUUUUCUCUUAGGAGCUGAGCACAUUCAUGUAAAUUGAGCAACUGUUUUCAACUUUAGAGCCUCUUGCUGUAUUUGAGACCUAAAGAAGUACUUGUGUGCCCCAAAAAUAUAUUUUCCAAUGAGGGCCUUACAUUACUGCAGUUCCAAAAAACUUCUACUGCCAGAACAUGAAAAUAAAAGCGUCUUGGCCAAAUAUUAAAGCACAUAGAAUGACAGAAUGUAGAGGUGAACUGUACUCCUUGAUAUCAUUUGAUCAAUCUCAGUGAACAAAUACUCUUGCAAAAAUACCUGGAUAUACAUUGUAGGGUGAUUUAAAACAGGGUUACUGUGAUAAUAUUCCCACUACAUUUGUUAGUACACUGUGAGAUUGAGCAGGUGAUAAUUUCAGUUUCUAUUAUGUUAGCAAAUGAUGUAAAAAACAAUUACUUUCAGUUCAGACCUACUGCCUUUUAUUCUUUGGUUUGAAGUCUUGAAACUUUGGGGCAAGCAAGGAGGAAGGAAGAACACUAUCAACAAAGCUGUAAUUGCUUUUUUGAGUUAUUAAAAAUAGCAUAAAAAAAAAUUUUCUGCCUGUAUUGUCCAAGUUAUGUAUCAAGAGACUACAGAAAGCUUGAAUUGCAGGCUGUCCAUCAGCACAUAGUUUGCCCUGAAAUCACUAGGGAAAAAUAUUAUGUUUGUUACCUGUGAGAAGUUGUUUCUUUGUAAUCUGUUCAGGGACGUUGAGUGUGUUAGGUCUCUUGAAGUGUAGCUUUGUAGUCUUAAGUGUGGCUGGAUUUUGGGAAAGGAGAUUUGACUUAGAAUGCUCUGAAGAGAACUGAAAAAUGUCUGCUGAUGAGGAUUUCCCACAGAAAGGAUUGCUCAUGUAGAGUUAACUUUGAUCUGCUUUUUUAAGAUGUAGAAAAUGUCUUUUUUUAUUUUUGUACAUUUUCAAAUGUUUGUAUUUGUAUUUUGAUUUGAAUAAAAACAUAAAAAAAUAUAA